AUGAUUAAUAAAAUUUGUGAUGUUUGGGGUUUAUCCCACGACAAAAUUGUAAGCAUUACUACUAACAAUGGCAGUAACAUCGUUAAAGCCAUUGAGAUGACCUUUGGUCGAGCUAAUCAUGUUCGGUGCUUAGCUCAUACUCUAAAUUUAGUUGUAGACAAUUCAGUAAAUGUACCAGAAGUUAAACUUUUCCUAGAUAAAGUACGAAAAAUUGUAACUUGGUUCCACCAGAGUGGUGUUGGCGCUGAGGAAUUGAGACAAACGCAAACCCUUCAAAAUGUUGCCGAAGGAAAAUUAAAACAUCUGAUUGGAGACGUAUCAACUAGAUGGAACUCGCAACUAUUCAUGAUUGAACGUUUCGUGUUAAUGAGCUCCACUAUAGGAUCUGCUUUGAUAAAUCACCCAAAUGCGCCCCCAAUGCUUCAAGCAAGUGAAAUUGUCGUGCUAAAAGAAAUUGAAAAAAUUUUAAAGCCUUUUUAUAGCGUCACUGAACAAAUGAGUGCAGACAAAUACCUGACUUCUAGCAAAGCUAUACCUAUUAUAAAAUGUUUGAGAACUGUGUUAGACACAGUUACGCCAACAAGUGGUUUGGCAAAACAACUGAAACAAUCCUUACUAUCGGAUUAUAAUAAAAGAUUGGAAAACAUCCAAAAAGUGCACCUUUUUUCAGUUGCAACAUAUUUGGAUCCUAGAUUCAAAAAAAUCUACUUAGAUGAUGACCCUUUAUCCUUAUCAAAAACAAUACAUUAUACCAAAAAAUGUUUAAACUGUAAUAUAAAUGAUAAUAAUUCUGGAACGUCUGAUUCUGAAUCAUCUGUUUCAUUAAAAGUGAUGGUUGAUGGACAAGAUAUUUGGCAGGUACAUCAUGAAAAAAUAUUGGCCUUGGCUUCAAACUCGUCAAUGGUCAAAAAUACCGAAUUGGAUCCAUACGUUGCGGCACCGCUAUCGGAUCUUAUGGUAGAUCCUCUCAGUGUCUGGAAGAGCUUUGAAGGGACUUUUCCUCUGCUAACCGACUUGGCUCUAAAGCAUGUCUCUGUGAUGGCCACUUCUACACCACCCGAAAGAUUAUUUUCCAAAGCGGGAAAUAUGGUCAGGAAAACACGAAACCACCGUAUUUUAGGAAAGAGAUUAUCAAAAUUAUUGUUUUUAAACUGCUUACCUGAAAAUCUAUGGUAA